CAGCUCCACAGUUGGCAGCCUGGAAUCAAGAACCCCUACAGGGGCAUGGUGGUGUGGCCUGUCCCAGAGAACAUCGACAUCUCUGUGACACUCUUCAAGGAAGCCAACGCUGAUGAGUUUGAGGACAAAGAGUGGACCUUUGUCAUUGAGGGUGAGAACAAGGGGCAUCGUAAGGUGCUGGCGUCGGCUGACAUCAACCUGAAGCGGUUUGCCAGUCCCACGCCGACGCAGAUUGACCUGAUGCUGAAGCUGAAGCCGCUGUCCGUUAAAGUGGUGGAGGCCACGCUCAAGCUCUCGCUGUCGUGUGUCUUUGUUCGUGAGGGAAAAGCCACUGAUGAAGACAUGCAGAGUCUGGCCAGCCUGAUGAGCGUCAAACCCUCAGACAUCGGUAACCUGGACGACUUCAAUGAGAGCGAUGAAGACGAGGACAAGAAGUCCAUCACUGCGACAGUUCCACACACUCUCACUCGCCCAAAUCGCCCCGCUCCCCCUCCGCCUGACAAGCGACACUCCACUGGAGCUUCUCUUCCAGCCUCAGUCUGUGGACGUGAUGGCGGUCCUCCUAGCCCUGCCAUCCACUCUCGCCCUCCCCUACCGAUCGCCCCUCGGCCCUCACCCCGCCGCUCACGACACCCCCUCGCCAACGCCCCUGUCCAAUCAGAGAUCCAGCCUUCCCCUGGCCCCUCCCCUCAGCCCUCGCCCAGGUCCAAGCAUAAGAAACUGACCAAUCCCGUUGCUCCUGAGCCUCCUGCUUUAGCUCACCCACAACCUCAGAGUCCCCAGGUUCCAGCAGCUGCUCCCUCAACCCAGAGUCCAUCCCCCGUCCUGCCUCUCUCUGAUGUGUCUCCUGCUAGUCCUCCAUCCCCCAAGUCCAACUCCAUAACCACCCCUACCUCUUCCCCCCAUCCUCCAUCUCCCACAUGCUCCAUAUCUGUGUCCACUUCAGUCUCAGUGGAGCCUCCCCCAAAUCUUCAUCCAAUCACCGUCACUGCAACUGGCAUCACUACUUUAACCACAAACGAACCUCCCUCCACUGCGACGUCAUCAACUGACAUGACCAUAACAUCGUCUUCCACAGCUCCCCUAAAGUCCUCUCUCAUCGCUUUGACCCAUAAGCCCGUCUCUCCUGUCUCUCAGCCUCUCCUUUUCAAAUCCACCUCACCCUCAAACUCCACCCUGUCCUCUGAGUCCACAUCCACUCACCCUCCGCUCGCCCGGACCCUCUCUCAGCCGCCUUCUCUGCCCAGAAUCUUCCAGUCAGGCUCAGCGAAAGUUCCUGCUUCAUAUCAACGGCGCCCCCCAGAGGCUCAAACUGAUGAUCCUACUUCAGUCACUGUUCAUUCCCACAUUUUCAAACCUCAGCUUGUCAAGUCAAUCACCCGCCCUACUUCUCCCUCACCCUUUUCUGCUGAUGCACCUCCUCUUGCUUCAACACCCCCUGUUCCCAAACCUCACCCCUCUGGCUCAGCAUCAGGUGUUCAGGGGACAUGGCUGACAUCUGACUCUGCCCCGAUCAAAGGAGACAUCGCCCCUGUCCCUCUACUGAGCAGCCCUGAUCUUGAUGCUCUCUGCGACCCUGUGGCUCCGGCCCUUCCUGCCCCCCUUCCUCGCUCCUCACCCCCUCGCUCCUCAUCUCUUUCCACCUCUGUUCUACUCUCUUCUCCUCCCCCUCAGUCUGCUGUCUCUCCUUCUGCUCCUCCUGCUCAGAUCAGCUCAGGCUUAACGUUCCCCCUCGCUCAAGCAGACAAGGAAACGACUCAGAGCCGUUUAAGCCAAGGUGAAAAGGCGGCCAACAUCAGGAUAUCCAACCAGCAAAUCAGACCAGGCCAGGACUCAAAGGCGACCAUCACAGAAAACAAAGCUGAGCCAGGGAGGAUCAGCUCACACAGAGAAGAUGCUGCUGAGGAGGACGCUCCUGUCAGACAGGAGCCCCAGCCAAUCACAGCCAAAGGCUCAGGAACACCUCAAGUUGAACCACCUCCUGCUCGACCUGGUGCACCAUCAGUUACAGAGGAGCCCAAAGAGCCAGAGGGACCCUGCGUGAAACCAACGACCUCACUCGAGGUUUCCCCCAAACCAGGCAAAGAGCGCACAGCUUUGGCGCUGGAGUCGCUCCGGCCCUCAAAGCCAGAACCAGUAUUGCGGCCAGAACCAGGAUUGCGGCCGGAACCGGUUCUCCAGCCGUCGGGGAAACCACAACAGGAGGCAGCAGAUGAUGAGAAGCCAGCAGGCAUCUCAGCUGGUGGUGAGGAGAGUUCGGUCAACAAUAAGGAUCCAGUGUGCGAGGCGGAGAAGCAGCUGUGGGCAGCUGUGGAGGAGACCACAGCGGAGACAGGAGGAGACAAAGUGGUGGAAAGCAGUGAGAGCACUGAAGAGAAGGAUGAGCAGGAGAAGAGGGAGGAAGGUGUAAAAGGGGGUGCACAUGCAGAGGCAGGUAUGUGUGUUGCAGAGCAGCAGAAGGAGGCGUCUGCUGGCUUCAUGUCAGCAGUCGUUGGGGUGUUGUAUAGAGGGUGAGUCUCUCUGCCUGCAUGUGUGGUUGA